UUCUCGGAACAUCGAUGUUUCGAAUCUCAUCCCAUAAGUACUACUAAGCCUUCGUUGUCCGAUCGCAGCUUUGACUACCCCUUAAAAAAAGGCCACACUCUCCUCUUCAGGACCAUAUAUCCGCAAAGAUCGGAGUCUUUCUGCCACCAAACUUGCCGCGAUUCUCUCCUCCAACGAUCUUAUUCCCUUGUUUUGUUCCUUGUUGAACCAUGUGCGUACUGCAGUCGUGGCCCAGCUGAAUUCUUCAUCUCUAGGAAAUGCACCUUCAGCAUUUAUUAUAAAAAGCUGAAGUCUCCUAUGCACUUCUUUGUGUGCAAUAAGUUUUCGCAAACAGCUUCGGUCUUUAUGAAGCUUUUUUGUAAUAGAGCUAUGAAAAUGGAACUGAUCAGCUUUAGACAUGAUGAAUGAUUGGGUACCGACUUUUCAGUGAUGUUUUGGAUCUUCUUCUCUAGCAGGUCUCGUAGUUCAUAAUGUAGCUGUAUGGAACACUGAGAUAGAACCCUAAAUUGGGCCAUGAAUGGGAUCGAGCCAUAACUAGAACUGGAUUUGACCCCGUCUGGCUUAGAAAUGACCUUAUUUCGAGGCAGAAAGGGUAACGAACCCCAUGAUUUGGUGUUCAGAUACUUUCAUCGUGGCGAGGUUUUCCAUGUGGUAGAAUUUGGGACCUUGCAUCUGACAGGGGUAAGAUGGUCGCAUGACAUCUUACGCCGCAAUGCUGCAUCGCCCAUCAUAAAAGGGACGCUUAGGAUAACGUUAUGCUAAAUGCUGAUAGCCAUCGGGCUUUUUUGAUGUAUCAAGGGAGGGGUUUCCGACCCAAUCUAUGAAUAGAAAAACCUGAAAAGGUCCCAUUUCGAGAUCAGAGAUUUCAAUGUUUAAAGAUACUGAUUCCAUCCAGUAUCUUCCAAUAUUCAUUUUCGACGAAAUAUAUUUUUACUGCCUCAUUGGUCGAUAAGCAGUCUUCUAUCAUCAUGACUUCUCAAUCAACGAUUUCCAGUGUAGAGCAACAAGGCGCGUUAUCGAUGCUGUACAUGGAUGGAAGAGAUCCCACUAAGCCUCGUAGUGAUGAGCGUGUCUUUACAGACCGUCAACUAGCUUCUAUCGAUCACAGACUCUAUGAAGCCGGUGGAAUCGUAGAAGUCUGCCGCAGAGAUCUUCACGAAUAUCAGGCCUUGCUCGCCCCAAUGCAUAGAAAAUGCAUGUCCAUGGAGUACGCAUUUCACGAGCAAAAGCAACGCGCUAUUCAGAUCUCACAGGCUUAUCAAGCCCUCGGCGUCGAGCAUGAAAAAGCUCGAAAUGACCUGAUCGAGAUGGCCAACAAACAUCGGAUGCUACAGAAAGACUUGGACAGCGCACAGACAACUGUCAUUGCACAACAGUCAGUAGCUCACGAAUGCGAGCAAUGCCUUACUAACAAGGCGUCGGUCGAGUCCAAUAUUGGCGAAAUGGAAACAAAGAACGAGCAUCUCAAGGAUAGAAUCGCAGAACUGGAGAAUGAGAAAAAGGAUAUGCAGAAUGCGCUCGUAACUGCUACUGAUUUAAUUCUCCAAUCUGAGCGAAAGGUUUCUGAAAUUGAGAGAGGAAAUCAUACAGUGAAGCCUGAAGAGACGGAAUCAUCAUCUAUUGACGUAGCCGUGGGCGGGGGCAAGAGGAAAGUGAAUGGCGAUGAACAUGAAGAGAUAUCAAAGCAACACAACCCUUCUAAGAAGAGCCGUCAUAGGAAGAAUGUUGGAUGA